AUGAUGCUUUUAACGUUAAUCCUUUCAAUCGUUUUGAUGCCGCAUGUGAUGGAAACAGUGACACCACAGACACAAAAGCAGUUGGAUUCCAAAGCGAUUCCAUGUAACAUCAACAACAACUUGUACGCUGCAGGUCCAAAUAAAAAGGUUGAGGAUAUGAUCAUCGAGAUGAAUAGAAAACUAGACGACAUUCAAAAUAAGCUAAAAAAUUUAACACAGAAAGAAAACAACGGUAAAGGUUAGUGCUGUUAGUCAUGCCACUUUCUUUUUCAAGUCUUUUGGUGAAAGCGUGAGCGACAUAAAAGGAAUUGCUGCCCGGUAAGAGAGUAGAGAUUUAAUUGAAAAAUGAGUACGAUGGCAUUAAUUAACAAGCCUUGCAUGGACCGUGUAACUUAAAAACCAGGUUGGAAUGGUAGUCCUGUUCAGUUAGUCCUGUAUUCUGAUUGGCAAACGCAGCACAGAGUACCUAAAGGGAAACCUGUAUCCAAAGUGGACUCAUUAUGAGCGGGCACUUUGUAUGUGGUUCCUGAAUCGAACUCUUCUGCAUUUAGCGAAAUCUUCUUUUAACCGGGUACUGGCGAAGGUUCCUACUGUGUUAGCUUGUGAAUAGCUAACAUCGAGUUUCUCCUAACAAUACAUAAUCGAGAGAAACGGUAUAAGAAUUUAACAAAUGCAAAACUGUUGUAUCUCUUAACAAAUUGUCUUAACUCAUUCCAUUAAAGGAAGUAAUUAAUAUAUGGAGGUCAGUACAGUCUAGAGACAGUUGCUCGUGGAUAUUCAGGUUAUUCGGUUUAUACGAAAUUUACGAAAUUGUAUUGUUUCGCACAGUAAAACAAGUCUUUUCGACUGUUCAAGAACAGGAAUUUGGCAUUCAGGAAUUUGUUUAGCUGUACUGGCCCCACUUAACGUUUCAUCGUGUAACAGGAUCUUUGAAAUGACAUUUGGCAGGUUUUCAUCACCACAAAAACUGCGCUGAACUGUACAAAUCUGGUGAACGUGCAAACGGUGUUUACACAAUUGACCCCGAUGGUACAGGUCCGUUUGAUGUAUUUUGUGACCAAACAACAGCUGGCGGCGGGUGGAUUGUGUUCCAAAAGCGACUUGAUGGCUCGGUUGAUUUCUAUCGCGGUUGGACAGACUACAAAGUUGGCUUCGGUAACUUGAAAGGUGAGUUUUGGCUGGGACUAGAGAAGAUAAACAGGUUGUCGAAAACAGGAAACAGACUUCGAGUAGAACUGGAAGAUACUACAGGCAAAGCUGUCUACGCUGAAUACGAUAUGUUUGCAGUUACCAGUGAGAGGACUAAGUACAAGCUAAGUCUUGGAACGUACUCAGGUAAGUCUAAUUUUGAGGUUAAAUGUUCCUUUCUGCCUACAAUCGGUGACAACAGUGUUGAGCCAGUGUGGUUAAAUGGGGGCAUAUUUCGGAGAGCAAAACAACCUGACCCCUUUCCCCCACCCCUCCACUUAAAGUUGGGUUUAGUGCUUUAUUGUUUGCUGCAGGUGGCUAAUGAACAGCGGAACGGCAUUCAAAAGAGGGGCUGGUAGGGAAAGCUUCAAUUUUCGUUUUCGAAGUGAGUAAUGGCGCGCAAAAACGACGAGCAGAAAAAAGGGAAAAGUGUCAAAAUUAUUAGAAACGAACAAGCAUCAUGGCGAAAAGGAACAAUUUGUAAUUUUAAGUGAAUGAGGCCUACAUAAUAGGGAACUUAAGCAAAGACGUUUUUGAGCGACGCACGUCGACCGGAAGUGAGGUCUUCUCCCUUCUCAUAUGCCUUGACGCUGACAAAUUUGUAUUGCUAAGUUUCUCUUCUCUUAUAAAGACGAUUUACCCAAGAUUUUCAACAGAACCACUGCCCAAUGAUGCAAAAAGUCCACUUCCGGUUGACGUCCGUCGCUCAAAAACGCUGUUGCUUAAGCUCCCUAAUAAUUAAUCCUUUAAGCCCCAACAUUAACACGCAUCUUCUCCACACUGUUCUUUAUACAUUCCUUAUGGCACUGCUUGAGAGAAUUUUCUCUAACAUCACAACAUUUCAUCUUUGGCGAUUAUUUCAUUAAUUCUCAUGACCUGUCUGUUUGAUCAGGGAGUGUUGGGAGAAAUUGGAUGCUGGUCACUACUGUGGCUUAAAGGGUUGAAGAAAAAGCAAUAGACAAUUUUAAAAAACAGAUGAAUGUGCGCCGAAAGCUGUCAAAGCUAAUGGCUAUCAAGUUGACCAUUACUGCAGGAAAUAAAAACUACGGUAACCUUUAUAAUUGCAUGAGAAAUUACCCUUUUUCAUAAGACCAUGAACUGAUAAAAUCAUUUAACAAUUAAUGAAUGAGGCUGAGUAUCUUAUUAAGAAUUAUGGAGAUCGAGGAGGCUGUUAUCCGUCGAGGCCGUAGGCCAAGGUGGAUAAUACCCUCCGAGAUCUCCAUAAUUCUUCAUAUGAUACGAAGGCCGAAUUCAAUAAUUGUUUUAUUAUUCAUUCAAAAUAAUUCCUAGUUUAAAAACAUAACUAAAACAUACUUACUUCCAUCGAUCCACCGAUGUCAAGUUCAUCUUCGAUAGUGCAUGUUUAGGGUUGUUCAGCUCCGCAAAUAUUCUCCAAAUAGCAGAUGGCGCCCUUCGAGUUGUCUUCUUGCUGUGCUUGCCAUGUUUUUAGCUAUUAUUUUGCCUAGUUCUUACUCUUGAAACGAGUGAAUUGUCCGCCAUUUUUGUUUCCACAACCAAUACAACUCAACCUCGUCACCAGGUCUUCCCGGUUAACGGUGCAUUAACCUGCAAAAACGCUGCAUUUUUGACGUCAUUCCCUCGCUAAACACAAAAUUCUUCCAAAUUUGGUCAUCAGCAACUGGUUAUCGUGAAUUAUGCGAGUGCUUUUAGCCAAUCAGAAUCGGGAAAAUGUUUUGAAUGAAUAAUAAUAGUUAUAAAAUAACUAAGAUAGUACGCACGCUCUGAUUGGCUGAGAGGCGUGUUUGCAUGAGAGUAUGUAAACAUGGUUGUGGCGUCAAGAUGUUUUGCUUUUCGCGCGCUAAUCACGCAAGCACGAACUUGAAAAAGUUUUCAAGUUCACAACUCGACAAGUUUACUUUAUUUAUCCAUUCGUUAGUCGGCUGAAACUUGGGAAAUCGUUACAAAAAAAGUGUCAAUUUUUUUUCGCUGAAGCUGACAUUUUAAGCGAGAAAAGUCCGUAUUUUGGAGAGCAUUCUUUUUGCAAAACAAGAACUGAUUACGCGUGCAAGACUUCGUGGACAAGACUUUGCUUUUCUCUUUUAAUCAUUGCCCUACAAAGAGUUUUGCGUUUUUCCUCGGGAAAUUUAUUUUAUAAAAGCAAUAGAAAACUUUUUUCCUGUGUGUGUUUGUUUGCAAACACGGAAAACGUUUUCUAUUGCCUAAUUAAUAACCAUUAAAUAUGAAUUAAAUGAUAAAUAUAACAUACUGAAUAACGAUUAAAUGUUUGAUAAGAAACUCAUUAUCUGAUUUUGCUGGAAGGAACUGCUGGAGAUUCUCUAUCGGCUCACCGCGGUUUACCAUUUACAACCCAAGAUCAGGACAAUGACAGACAUAAAACUGUGAACUGUGCUGUUAGCCAUAAAGGUGGCUGGUGGUAUGGCAGUUGUCACAGUUCCAAUCUGAACGGCUUGUACCUUCACGGACAACACUCGUCAUACGCAGACGGUGUCAACUGGUUCGCGUGGAAAGGAUACAAGUACUCGGCAAAAAGAGCAGAAAUGAAGAUCAGGCCACAAACGUUUUAA